GUAACUUGAAUGCCCUGCAAUGGCUGGAAAUGAGCUGCAGCCGUUCAGUGCUCAGUAGACGGAAGAGGUUCACGCCACCAACAUUCUGCUUCCCAUCCAUACUAGAGUAACGUGAUCGAAACAGAUCCGUGGUCUGUUUACUGACUACAACGUUGCUAAUUAGAGGAAUCAACUCAAGUGGAACUUGCUAGCCAUGUCAGGCCAAAGGAAAGGAGCUUCGGCGCGUCUGCCAAAAUGUGCCUUCUGUAGAACGAACCGAGAGAAGGAAUGUGGUCAGCUACUGAUAUCAGACAACCAAAAGGUGGCAGCCCACCACAAAUGCAUGCUUUUCUCAUCAGCCCUAGUAACGUCUCACUCAGACAGUGAAAACAUUGGGGGAUUUUCUAUCGAGGAUGUAAAAAAAGAGAUCAAAAGAGGAAACAAAUUGACGUGCUCGUCCUGCCAUCGACCAGGAGCUACUAUAGGCUGUGAUGUUAAGACAUGCCGGAGGACAUAUCACUACUGCUGCGCCCUUUGGGACAAAGCCCAGACCAAGGAGAACCCUUCACAAGGCAUUUACCUCGUUUACUGUCGUAAACAUCGUGAUGCCUCCCAAGAUGCCAGCGAUGAGGAUCAAGGAGUCGCGGCCAAUGAUUCAGAUUCAUCCCCACCUCGGAGCAGAGGGCGUGGCAGAUUUGAGAAGAGCCGGAUAAGAGGUGUACCUCGUGGCCAGUCGGAAGACACCCGCUCAACUUCCUCACAAGGCGUAGAUGAAACGGAGAGCUCUUCGAAUAGGGACCGGUCCCCUUUGAGGGGCAGCCCCAGUGAGUCAGGCCUUCGCUGUGGAUUUUGCCACGCCGGUGACGAGGAGAAUCAGACCCGAGGGGUUCUCCAUUGUGAUAACGCAAAAAAGGUCGCCGCCCAUUAUAAAUGCAUGCUUUUCUCUUCAGGGACUGUCCAGCUUACUACCACGUCACGUGCAGAAUUUGGUAACUUUGACAUUAAAACAGUCAUUCAGGAAAUAAAGAGGGGAAAAAGAAUGAAAUGCACUUUGUGCAGUCAGCUCGGCGCUACCAUUGGAUGCGAGAUAAAAGCAUGUGUGAAAACCUACCACUACCACUGCGGUCUGCAAGACAAGGCCAAAUACAUAGAAAACAUGGCCAGAGGCAUUUACAAACUGUACUGUAAGAAUCACAGUGGAAAUGAGGAGCGGGAUGAAGAGGAUGAGGAGAGGGAGAGUCGCAGUAGAGAGAGGGCUGCCAAUAACAAUACUGGAAGCCCUGCUCCAUCUCAAGUGAAUGGCAACUAGAUGGUGGUUGGAGGUGCUGGAGAAAGAACAAAAUAUUUUUUUAUUGUGCUUUGUUAGAAACUAGGGGCCAGUUCACGAUAUUGACAGCUUCAGUUUUUCCUCUAAUUGCCAGAAACCCCAUAAACAUCCAUAACAAGCCAUACAUUUCUCAGCAGUUUUUCCGCAAUAUUUCAAGAAUAUCAUGAACAAGACUGGCGAGUGCAGAUAGAAAGCCCACCCAAGAGAUGGAGAGGUUUUUUAAGACUCAGAAUCAUGAGUGUUUAAAGAAUGGAAAUCUCAGUUGACAUUAUAGUUGGGACUAAUUUAAUUCUGUGCCUGAAAAAUAUUUUGUGUGAGAGGCAACAAAAACUGAAGGUUUCAUGACUGGACCAAUGGACGCUUUCGCCUCAAGAGCUCUCUUCCCAGUUUCUUUCUUAAUAAAAUGUUUUUGGACUGGACCCAUUUUCUUUUUUUUUAUUUUGACUGCCUUCUGAUCGUUUUUACUCUUUUCCAAAUCAUGAGCCUGUCCCUCUAAUUUCUUGUCAAUGAACUGACAUUAUCUUUACCUCUUAUUUCUCUUGUAUCAUGUAUUAUAUUUUAUUACUGUAUUAUAAUCAUAAGUAUUGUUAAAUAUCUGACUUUCUUUAUAGUCUUGAGUCAGGAUUAAAGAUCAUUGACUAGCAUGCACUUUUCUUUA